UCCAUAAUUCCACCCAAUUACUACUUACCACCAGCACCAUGAUGCAUUUCUCCGGUCAUCUUCCUCACUGGCUUCACUCCUUAUUAACAGAGAAAUUCUUCAACGCCUGUUUAAUUCACGAAGAACACAAGAAAAACGAAAAAAACAUCUUUUGCUUGGACUGCUCUGAAGGAAUUUGCCCUCACUGUUUAUCUCUCCAUCGCUCUCACAGUCUCUUACAGAUUAGAAGAUAUGUUUAUCAUGACGUUCUCCGUCUAGGAGAUGCCGAGAAAUUAAUGGACUGUGCUUUUGUUCAGUCAUACACUACAAACAGUGCAAAAGUAGUGUUUUUAAAAGAACGGCCGCAAACACGACCAUGCCGUGGCUCCGGCAAUAUCUGUAUCACCUGCGACAGAGCAUUACAGGACCCAUACUUUUUCUGUUCUCUCUCAUGCAAGCUUAAUCAUAUAAUGAAAACGGAUGGAAAUUUGUCAAAGUACAUCGUGGAAUCGAAUUGCAUAAAUCUGCCUGACCCAGGAAUUGAUGAAGGACAGUUAUCAACGGAGACAGUGAUUGAUCUCGUCGGCGGUGGGAUGAACAUGACUUCAUCUGGGUCCUCCGGCGGCGAGUUGACGGCGUCGGCGCCGGCGGAAGUAGUGGUGAGGAAGAAGAGAAGUAAUGGGUUUAGGGCGGCGUGUAGAGAAAUAACGACAUGUUCGGCGGUGACGGAAAAUUCGGUGGUGGAAAUGAUAAACAAUCGCCGGAAAGGCACGCCACAUAGGUCACCACUUUAUUGAAAUGUGUACGGAGAUGAUGAGGAGGAGAGAGAAAGGGAGGGUAAUUUGGUAAUUUAGUAAUUGUGUGGAAAAAAC